UGGAGGCUGGCUUGACACAAGUAAAGUACGUGAUCCCACAACGACGGGUUUCCGCGUUCUCAAACAGUUGUAUUGUGCUCUUCGACAAAGUAUUCACUUCAACUUCCUCAAUUUACGCCGCGCGAUUUUUCCGUAGAAAAAACCGACCACGGAGGAUCCACCCGACCCGUCCUUCAAAUCUGGGGAAACGUAGGACGUAUUGGGAGCAGCCUUAGAAUUGGAACAGCCGUAAUCGGCCUUCAGACCUAAAACCCUGUUGUAGCACUUUGGGAUAAAUCUCAGGCAGACAGUGCAGGAGUCUCAGGUGUAAUCUUACCUGGUGUUUCCGUUUCGUGUUCUUGGUCCUGUUCAGCUGGAUUAAUGAUAACAGGGACGUGAUGGCAGAAGGAGCUAAAAGGAGGAGGAGUAGGGAACGACCUCCAGUAUUCAGGCUGGUUCUUGUUGGGAGGACUGGAGUAGGAAAGAGCUCCAGUGGAAACACGAUCCUGGGAAGAGACGCCUUCAGAGCAGACAUCAGCAGGCUCUCUGUCACCAGGGAGUGCUGUAAGAAGAGAGGGGAGGUGUUCAAACGGGAGCUGAUCAUCGUCGACACUCCCGGCCUCUUCGACACCUCUCUGUCUGAAGACGCCGUAAAGAGGGAGAUCUCCAAAUGCAUCAACAUGUCGGCCCCGGGGCCCCAUGCCAUCCUGCUGGUCAUCAAGGUGGGACCCUUCUCAGCAGAGGAACGAGAUGCCGUGAAGAAGGUGGAGGAGAUCUUUGGAGAGGGUGCCUGGAGGUACACCAUGAUCCUCUUCACCCAUGGAGACAGGGUUAAGACAGACUUUGAAAAAGUGUUAAAAGGAGCAGGACCUGAACUGCAGGAGGUCCUGAAGAAGGCUGGAAACAGAUACCACGCCUUCAACAAUCUCAGCGCUAAUGAUCGUGGUCAGGUCCUUGAUCUGCUAGAGAAGGUGGACAAGAUGGUGGCCGAGAAUGGGGGAAGGUUUUACUCCAACUACACCUACCUGCAGGUGGAGGAGAUGCUGAAACAAAAAGAGUCGGAGCUCAGAGAGUUUUACCAGAAGAAGCUGGAGGAGGAGAUCAAAGCAGUGGAAUUAAAGUAUGAGAAGAAGCUGGAGGAGGCUCAGGAGGAGAAACAGCAGGUGAAGGAACGAUUGCAGUCUGAGCUGGAGGAGAUGAAGCGUUAUUAUUGGGCUUUAGAGAGCGGAGUCCGUCAGGUUGUGGAGCAGACUGUGGCUGCAGACUCCAUAGAGUGUAUAGCCAAGUUUCAUGAAACUCUGAAGCUGAACUGAAGCUCAGACCCCACAUAAUGACCAGUGUGAGUCUCACAGCAUGUGAGGUGGAGCUAUGAGCAGGUCCCUCCUAUCCAACGCAUAUCUUUAAGCUGAAACUCAUAUUCAAUUCAAUUCAUAUAGCUCCAAAUCAACAGUCACCUCAAGGCACUUAUUAUUGUAAGAUAAACAACAAUCAGCCACAGGUGAGAAGACCCUAACAAUCAGACAACUUGCAUAUGAGCAAGCACCCAGUGCAUCAUGGGAAUCGCCCAGCAGCGUACACCUAUUGCAGCAUA